AUGAACUUGGUGUCAGUGCCAUCUACAUAUAUGAACUUGAACGCCGACUAUUCUACAUGUAUUACUGCUAACUUGAGAUAUUGUCAAAGUGCAUAUGCUGCAGCUAUCAACAGUACUAACGCUAUCUGGGAAGAUCCUCAGAAGUUGAACAAUGCUGUCGGAUUACUUUAUUUGGAUGGUAUGGAUGGUCUUCUGACCGCUUGUAAAGCUAGACAACAGUACCAAUACUGUCUUGGAACCAUGUAUGAUGCUUGCAUGAAUGUGCCACAAUUCAUUAAUGCCGGACAAACUCAAGAUAAUGCUAAUCUUUUCGUUCAAUUGUUCAAGAAAAUGGAAUUCGAUUGUGAUGGAGGAUUUUUACAAAUGUCUCAAAAUGAUAGAUGUAUCGGAACAGUCUGGAUUUUGAGUGCCAAUGAAUUAGCCGCUUGCACACAGAAGUUCAAUAAUGAUAUUGCUCAGAAAGUUGACUUCUGCGUAGCUUCCGCCCAUUACGAACAAUGCACAAGAACAUACUUUGGAACUGCUUGUAAUCAAGAGGUAUCCUGGUGGCAAUGCGAGCGCACUCGUGUUGGAAUGAGCCUUGACGAGUACUGCCCUCAAAACGUCUGCACCGUUCUUGCCGCAUCUAAGUCUGCCCAGGCUGCAGCUCAAAAGCCUAAACUGGACUAUCUUCAAUCAAUUUUCAACUCUUAUUCAAGUUCGUAA